AGCUGCAGUAGCAGAGCCACAACACGCCCAUCCAAACCUCUCAACUUCCAACCAGCUAACGUUGAAGAAAAGGAAACCACCAUAAUGGAGGCAGCAUCUACCUCGCUGGACCCAGAUCUAAUGAGGGAGGUUCUUGAAUGCCCCAUCUGCCUGGAGACCUACAACCAGGAUCAAAUGAGACCCAAACUCCUGCAGUGUGGUCACACAGUGUGCCGGCAGUGUCUGGAGAAGCUGUUGGCGAAUACUAUAAAUGGUGUGCGCUGCCCUUUCUGUAGCAAGGUGUCCCGUAUGAGCAGUAUCUCCCAGCUGGCUGAUAAUCUCACUGUGCUCAAGAUCCUAGAUUGUACUACAUCCUGCAGCGCUGCCACUGCCGCCCUAAUGUGCAAGUCCUGCUGUAACCGCCUGCCACGUCAGUACUGCCAUGAUUGUGCCACAGUCCUCUGUGAGCCCUGUAAAGGAGAGGGCCACCUGCACCAAGGCCACUCAGUCCAGCCAAUUAGGGUGGCUGCUGAACAGCGUCGUAAAGAGCUGGGUGGCAAGCUGGCUGCUCUGCGUGAUGUCAUGGGUGAGAUUCAAAAGAAAAAGACAGCUAUUGAUAACAUUUCCAAGUCCUUGAGACUAAAGUACCAUGCAGUGCAGCAAGACUAUACUUCAGCUGAGCUGCGUCUUCAAGAGGAACUCAGCAGGUCUCGAAGGACAUUCACAGCUUCCCUGGCAGAAGUGGAAAAGCUAAAUGGGCAGGUGCUGGAGGAGCAGACGUAUCUCCUUAACAUUGCAGAGGUAAAAGUGGUGUCACGCUGUGAUUAUCUGUCAAUGCUGGUGAGGCAGAGUGACAUCGCUUUGCUAAAGGAUGAUAGCGACGGCACUGAUGAUGAAGAGCUGGAUUUGAGGAGCAGCUUGCCCACCAUGUUUCAGCUGCAAGAGCCCCAGCUGGUCAGAGCAGAGCACUCCAAACCUCUAGAAGUGGGCCAAGUGACCACAAAUACUUACACUGUCAAUACAGAGGAUGAGGAGAGUGGGUUGGAGAUUGCACUUGAGGGUGAUGUAGAGGGUGUAGCUGGGGCAAUAGGGGCUACAGGCGGUGGAACGGGGGCUCCGGUGGAUCUUUACAGAGACAUUGACAUGGUUGCAGCUGUAGAGGAGACAGUAUGUGGUUCACCAGCCAGCUUUAAGUCAAAGUCCAUGGAUGCAGGUGGGGGAUCACCUGGAGGAGCUGGGGCAAGUGCGGGACCUCCAGUCUGCCAGUUUGUGAAGAAGAUGGGCUGCAAGGGAACUCUACCUGGCAUGUUUAAUUUACCAGUAAGCAUCUGUGUAACACCGCAAGGUGAGGUCCUGGUAGCUGAUCGUGGCAACUACCGCAUCCAGAUCUUCAAUCGCAAAGGUUUCCAGCGUGAAAUCCGCCGUAAUGCCAGCAGCAUCGACAACUUUGUCCUGAGCUUCCUUGGGGCUGAUCUGCCUAACCUCAUCCCAUUAUCCAUUGCUGUCACUCCUCAAGGCCUGAUUGGGGUCACUGACAACUAUGAUAACUCAGUAAAAGUCUACACUAUGGAUGGACACUGUGUGGCUUGCCAUAAGAACCAGCUGAUUAAACCCUGGGGCAUCACUGCCAUGCCAUCAGGUCAGUUUGUGGUGUCAGAUGUGGAAGGUGGCAAGCUGUGGUGUCUAGCAGUGGACCGCAAUGUAGGCGUGGUCAGCUACAACCGACUGUGUUCUGCUGUGCGGCCAAAGUUUGUGACGUGUGAUGCAGCUGGAACAGUCUAUUUCACCCAGGGCCUAGCUCUGAACUUUGAGAAACGUCACAAUGAGCCCCACCUGGAAGGUGGCUUCUCUAUUGGCUCAGUGGAUACAGACGGCCAGCUAGGCAAGCAGCUCAGCCAUUUCUUCUCAGAGACAGAGGACUUCCGCUGCAUCACUGGCAUGUGUGUGGACGCCAAUGGAGAUUUGCUGGUAACGGACAGUGGUAGGAAAGAAAUCCUCCAGUUUCCCAAAGAGGGUGGAUUCAAAAUUCUCAUCCAGGAAGGGCUGACCUGCCCUGUAGGAGUGGCCACCACCCAGAAAGGACAGCUGCUAGUGCUGGAUUGUUGGGACCACUGUGUCAAAGUCUACACAUACAUUCAGAGAAGGCACUCGUCCACUUCUUAGAGGAACAAUCCAGUCUAUUCGCACAUGAGCAUGAGAGAUUUAGUGGGUAUGUGUUGGUAGGUGUGUGUGGAGAAGUCUUUGAAAAGGUAGAAUCACACUGUUAUCUGUCACUUUAGUUUGGCUGCAGUCCAAACAAUUCUCACUCCAGCUUUCAUUGGGUUUUAAAUAAACAUUCUAGUCAGUUCGGUUCAAUUUAAAACCCACUGGAUUUUAAUUUAAUACCCUUAAAUUAAAAAUCCUCCACUUAAGCUGCCCCUUUCCUGAUUAUUUAAACGGAUCACAACACUAAAACAGACCUUGAAACAUUUUUACAUCAAAGAAUCCUGGCACAGGUUGUCACAUUAAAAUAAGCAAAAGAAGCCAUUGAUGUCAAAGCUAAUGCGGGCACAAAGUACAGAUGAUUUCCCUUCCUCUGUUACACCGCUAUAUCCACCAUUCAGCCUGACUGUAUGUGAUGCAUGGCUUUCACUGAUCUGGCUCAGCUUUGCUAAAGAGAAACAGGAGGAAGAAGAGCUGAAAAUGAACACGCAUUUGCAUAUAAAAUAAAGCAUACCAAGGCUUUUGGCCUGUGAAGCACUUUAUUAUUGACACAACACUGUUUCCUAAUGUUAGGUUUUAGUAGCACAGACUAACAUUGAUGUUGCUAAAUGCAGCUGGCAGCUUAAAAGUUUACUGGGCAGUUAGCUAAUGGCAAAACAGUAAGCAAGUAUCAGCAUUCAUUGAAUUAAAUUCAGUAACGUUCAGGGAACAUUAAGUGUUGAAUAUUAGGGAUGGGGGUUGAGCAACAAAAUCACAACAUGAUUGGCUGUGGAGGAAAGCUGGGUAAUAUGGGGCAAUGGUGAUAUGUAUUGGGUUUUUGUGGGUUAAAGCUUUUUUUGAGGGUAGCUGAGUUAGUGCAAUCAGAAUUAGGGUUACUGAUUAAUUUGUGGACCAUAGUAUUAUGGUUUUGUCCCAGUAUCCAUUGGCACUGCUUCACUAGUGUGUGUACUGUGCAUUUUGGAGCAACACAUCCACUUAAAUUUUCAGAGCAAGGACUGCUUCCUGUCUGUAACUUCUCUGUAUGCUCUUUCAUUCAGCCCUCUCCUAGUGACUUCCAAGCCACAGCCUCACUUAUGUCACUAGGAGGCAGGUUGAGGUAACCAUCUGCAAGAUAACAUUAUUGCUAUCUGCUCCACUUCCUGUUUUAACUGCUCUGCUCAGUCAUACAUUUCACAACAUUUCCAGGCCUCUGCACCCCCUUCUGCUUGCCUUUUAUUUAACCUGCACCAUUAAAGUUAGCUUUGAUCACAAACACUGUAGCUCCUAGUGUGAGUCCUACUUCUCAGACAGAACUGUGUGAAUUAUGAAUAGAGUAGCAAAGGUUCCAGAUGACCUUUGUAACAUGGGAGGCUUUUUAAAUUUCAUGUCUCUGUUAUUUCUAUUCCCUGUGGGCUUACCUUCAGCUACAUCAUACAGACAUCUAUAAAUUACUUUCUGUUGCUACGCCAGUACAACUAACACUAAAUAGCUCCAGCAACCAGACCAAAUUAAAGGCUAACUUCGGAAUUUUCCUACCUUGACCUUAUUUUCCCAUGUUUUCUUUCUAAAGGACUAAUGGGAAGAGCAGUUACUGAAAUUGGUCGAGUAUUGAGCAACAAGGCUGCAAGCAGCAGCCAAGAAAUCGGCUGCAGUGUAAUCACUCUGGAAAAUUAUGCACUGUCAAUCUACAUCCACUAAAAGUGCUUGUUUUUGCAAUUGACAGGCUCGUAAGUGUCCGAUAACUUUACAGAAAGGAUACCUAUAGAGGUCGACCCAAGAGUAAGAGCAAGAUCCUUUUUGUUGAACCACAAACACCCCCAAAUGGCUAUCACCAAACUCACCAGACUCCAUUUGAAUGAAGAGUAAUUUUAUCAUGGUGAAACACACUUUAUUCAAAGGUGAUUGAAACAAAAUAAAACUCCCAAAAGCCAUCUCAGUUUAUCUCUCCACUGUUCAACAAUCAACAACUCUGGUUUGGUUGAAAUAAACCCUUAAUUCAACCACUUAGAUGUGAAAAUAUGCUGGUUUUAUACAAGCUAAGAUUACUGUUUAUUUAAAUAGUCUGGUGGAUUUGGCAGUCACAAUUUUGGGGCUGUUUCUGGCUAAACAAAAAGAAUCAUUAACAAAAAGGUUGACCUCUGCAGGGAACGCUUCAAAAAUGGUUGUUCCAAAUAGUCACUUAUACACAAAAACAUGGAAAAACAGGUCCAGGUUGAAAAAUACCAAAGCUACACUUGGAGCGAAAGGGUACAACAGACACUUACAACUUCAAUAAUGUUUACAAAAGUUUGUUCAAACCUGACAUUUAUUCCAGAGAACUUAUUCCACGCCAUUGUCUCCUCAAGCCUGGCCUGUGGUUGCACAAUCUUUUUAGGGAUCACUGGCAGGAGUGUUCAGAAUAGCACUGCUAGGAUAAUGAUGAGUGAAAACUCCAGCGUCACACACCAAAUCCUGGCUUUUGUUACACCGGGGUGUUGGUUCUGUGUUGCUGUGUCUCCCUCAGGUUUUUAAUUCAACACUAGGCACCUUGCAACCUGAGUUCUCCAGUGUUGUUAGAUAUGGUAAAGACAACAGCCAUAUGUAGUGUUUUGCAAGUUAGUCGGUGGCACUAGUCGACAUUAAAUCCAUCUAUAUCCGCAUUUAUUUCAUUUAUUGUUUUACCAUGUAGCUUUACCGAAUUGAUGACGCUUUCAGGUAACACAACAAUAAAAGACACCUUUAAUCAAAAUAUUUAGUGGCCUAAAUAUGGGGAAUCAAGUUAAUCAUUGAAACCCACAAGUGUAUGUAACAUAUGCUAUGUCCAUAAAGUCGUUAAUAGGAAAUACACCUUCCCGCCAUGUAUCUUCCGGUCUAGGUAUGCUCAGAAGAGCACCUCAGUUGCAGAUAUUUCAGCCUUAUAAAUGAAUUACUUCACAAAGCUGACCUUAACGCUGCACCUGGAGCCCUAUUAAACAACAACAUGCAACUAUACAUAUCUGAGAAUCAAACUGUAUCAGAAACAAUAAGUGUUUUUAAUAUUUCUACAUAAGCAAAGUGAUAAAGAGUAGAGAAAAAAUAGAACUGAAUAAGUAUCAGGUGAAUUCUGUCAUGGUCAUUACUUGUGCUUUUCUGUUUAACACAAUGUAUUGGUUUUCUCGUUAGACCAUGUUAUAUCAACACUAAAUUAGUAGAUUGUAAUGCUAGGUAGUCUCAGCUGCAUGUCAACCUCGCCAUAACGACAUUUUUCUUCAGUGCUUUUACUUUAUUCACGGUCACUGGAAGUCUCUAGAGAAUAUUCAAACUUUCACAGUGACAAAAAAAAAAAGCAUCAAAUGCUAGAAAAAUGAAGUGUCCUUGUGUCAGUGUGCUCAACAUCAGAGUGUCUCACAUCAUUGGAAUAUGUUUUGUCAUAUGUCAUUGGAGAGAAGUUAUUUCCUCGCAUACUUCUUCACAGUUUACUCAUUUAUACCAUUGAAUUGUAAUACCGCAAUAUGUCCAUGAACCAAACUCCUACGUGUUUAAGGUGUUACAUCCUUUGGAGGCUGUGAAUUUUACAAUGUGUUGAACACAUGACACACAUCUCUGUGUAGUCAAAUUCAUGUUUGUAUUGUUGAUUAUCCGAGUGCAAUAAACAUUUAUGAAACAACUAGAAUCGCAGUGGCAGUUUUUCAUGCCAUAUUAAGAUUUGUGCUCGCAUUUAUCAAAUAUGUGUAUUCAUACAGUUUUCUGUGUGAGCGUUGUCACAGCAGUCCUCUUGUCACCAUAAUUGGCUGGCUGUAGAGAUCCAUUUAAACAUAUUUUGAUUUAUGCUCCUAAGUAGCAGUGGGGGAUAAGGACAAAAAUAAUGAUGCAAGAAUGUGGGCUUUUGAAACCCAUGAUGAGUGUAAUUUCAAAAAGACUCGUCAUGUCUUAUAGUCAGUGGUGGAAGAAGUAUUCAAAUCCUUAAGUAAAUGUAGAAAUAAAACAAUAGAAAGAUAGUUACAAAUAAAAGUAAAAGUACAAAACUAUCAGUGACAUGUACUUUAAGGAGUAUUUAACCCCACAAAUGACUAUAAAUCUAUUACUCACCUAGUGCUACGUUCAAUUUGCGAAGAAAAUGUUUUUCUAGCAUGCCUCCUCGGUGAACGAAGAAUCCAAAAAAUGAGAAAUUUGUGAUAAAGUAAUAGGGGUCUACGUUUAACAACAGCAAAACUACAGCAAAACAUAGGUGUUUCUAGCCCAUUUUUGGGGGUGCUGAAGCACCUCUAAAUUGAAUCCCAGCACCCCUGAAAUUUGAGAGAUUUUUUUUAUUUUAUUUUUUUUAUUGUAUGUCCUUUUUUAACAAGCUAGAAAAGUGUCAAAACCAUAAAGUACUUGGUUGCAACGUAAUAUUUUAACAACAAAAAUACGGCAGCACCCCCCUUGCCUCAAAAAUGGUUUGAUCCACCCCAUCCCUCCCACCUUUCCCCGACCCGGGCUCUGAGCGCUCUAUCUGCACAGAGCAAUGCGCUGCCUUCCAGAGUGUUGCAGUAGUGGUGUAAGUACCUGGCUUAAACCAGGCUAUGUGGCACAUUUCUUAACUUCUACCACUCAAUACCAACACAUUAUUAUCAUUACCAGUCCUCAUUUUUGCUGCAUUUAAUCGUAGGUCACUGUUUAUGUUGUUAGGUAGGAGUUAGCUGACGUUUUUUCUAGCUAGGAAACGUUACAGGUGGUCAGUACCACUGUCCUCUGUUUGAAUUGUAAUGAGAGAAGCUAGCUGUUGUGUCAUGUGCAUGUGUUAAUAUUAAAGCCAAGGUGCUACUGAC